AGCAAUUCCUACCGACGCGCGCGGUCUGAGUCAACAACCUCCCCAGUCAGCUCAAUACAUAUAUCCUUUCUCUCUGCAUUCUUCGCAGAGUGUAUCGCUAUCCAAAAUGCUCGACAUCUUCGACUUCAUCGUCGAGAAGGGCGGGAACCCAGAGAAGAUCAGGGAGUCACAGAGACGACGACAUGCCCCUGUUGAAGCUGUGGAUGAAGUGAUCGCUUUAUAUGAGGAUCACCGAAAGAGUUGGUCUACUUUGUGUCCAUGAACCUCGUUCCACGAGCUAAUGAUAAACUCUCAGCACAAUACAACGUUUCCCAAAUCAACACCAAGAUCAACGAUACCCAAAAACAAAUCGGGACCAAGAAGAAGGCCAAGGAGAAUGCGGAUGAUUUGCUAGCACAGAAGAUUGAGUUGGAGAAGGAGAAGAAGGCCAUGAACGAAUCUGCGAUUGAGAAGGAUAAGCUCUUGAAAGCUAAACUUAGAACCAUUGGCAACUUUGUUCAUGAUUCCGUACCAGUACAUAACGAUGAGGUAGGCUAGCAAUAUUAGAAAGGUGACUUGGUAUGGAUAUAUGGCUAAGAAUCGCAACAGGACUUCAAUGCCUUACAACGAGAUUGGGCGCCAGAAGGCGUCAAAGUCGAGAAGCGGGAAUGUCUUUCACACCACGAGGUUCUCACCAGAUUGGACGGUUUCGACCCCGUACGCGGCGCCAAAGUUGUCGGACACCGAGGUUAUUUCCUGCGAAAAUGGGGUGUAUUCUUGAAUCAAGCGUUGAUCAACUACGGUUUGGAGUUCUUGGAUGCCAAGGGAUAUACACCAUUGCAGACACCACAAUUUAUGUUGAAGGAGUACAUGGCAAAGACGGCUCAGUUGGAACAAUUCGACGAGGAGUUAUACAAGGUUAUUGAUGGUGAUUCACAGAACGACAAAUACCUUAUUGCUACCUCUGAGCAGCCUAUUUCUGCCUUCCAUGCGGAUGAGUGGUUGGUUGCCAAGGAUUUGCCAAUCAGAUAUGCAGGAUUCAGUUCCUGCUACAGAAGAGAGGCUGGUUCAGCUGGCAAGGAUGCUUGGGGAAUUUUCCGUGUCCAUCAAUUUGAAAAGGUGUGUAUUCAAUUUCAAAAGUUUUCUCACCAAGCUAAUCCCGACCAGAUUGAACAAUUCAUCCUCACCGAUCCUGAGAAAUCUUGGGAAGCCUUUGAUGACAUGAUUUCCGUUUCAGAAGAAUUUUAUAAAUCCCUAGGCGUCCCAUACCGAGUCGUAGCCAUCGUCUCGGGUGCUCUCAACAACGCAGCAGCCAAGAAAUUCGAUCUCGAAGCCUGGUUCCCAUUCCAAGGCGAGUACAAGGAAUUGGUCUCAUGCUCAAAUUGUACCGAUUACCAAUCUCGCGCGCUGGAAAUCCGAUAUGGUGCCAAAUUGCAGACGGAGAUUCGAAAGAAGUAUGUUCAUGCGCUCAACUCUACGCUUUGUGCUACGGAGCGGGCGCUUUGCUGUUUGUUGGAGAAUUUCCAGACUGAGGAGGUAUGAUUUAAAAGAAAUUUCCCUCAUACAUUAUUCCCCUGCUCUUUUUCUUUUGGUUCUUGUUGGGGGGGGUUCGUUGUCGGCUGCAGAAAUUAUGCUAACCUCUCACUAAAGGGGUUCAACGUGCCAGAGCCACUGAGAAAAUACUUACCUGGUGCACCGGAAUUCAUUCCUUUCACCAAGGAACUACCCAAGAAUUCCACCUCGACGACUUGGGGUAAGGAAGGGCAGGGACAAAAGGCGAAGAAGGAAAAGAAGGCUGCACCCGCUGCUGCUGCUCCUGCACCAGCAGCAGCACCUGCGGCUGGUGGUGAGAUUGAGGCUACGGAGAAGAUCAAGGAUUUGAAGGUCUAAUCUAGGGUAGAAAUGUGGAAUGAAGGACAUGAGAAGAUUGGAGUGGUGUGGCGAAAGAGAGAUUUCCCAAAGGGCUUUGUAGCUACUCAAGCUUUCUCGUAGUAUUUGGAGGUGAGGGGUGAGAAGAUAUCAAUAAGAAGUGAACAAACAGCCUUUUGGUCUUAUAAGAUAAG